AGAAGAAAACUCUGUUCUGAAGAAAAGCGCUUUUGCAGGCCCACGAACGCAUACAUACAUUCUCUGUCACGUAGUGUGCGUUGUCUUUCGAACCUUCUUUUCUUUCUGGUACGGCUAUUAUCUACACACACACAAAACUUUUUUUCUACCCACACACGCUCACGACAUCAUGGCGGAUAACGAGUGGAAAGGUGCGAGUUUCAAGCAGGAGGAGGACCACUCUGCGGAGGCAACGAAGUUGCUGGACCGGGUCAAUGCAACGACAAUUCCGGUCCUCCUCCGCAGCAGCAACGCCAAGCUAAACGACAUCGUGGCGGAGCUGCUUGCGUUGGAGAAGGUCGCCCGCCUCGGCGGUGACGUCGCGUCAACGAAGCGGCUCGCUGUGGAGGUGAUUCGGAUUUAUCGCACGCAGAAUGAUUUGGAGCAGAUGAUGGAGACGCUCGACGUCUUGAUGAAAAAGCGCGGCCAGACGAAGCAGACCCAGAGCGCCAUGAUCGCGGAGUGCGCCAUUGUACUCACGGACGGCUCUCUCUCGAAAGAGAAGCAGGAGGGGGUGCUGGAGCGCCUGGCCUACGUGACGGAGAACAAGAUUCACGUGGAGCUCGAGCAUGCUCGCUUCACGAUUGAGCUGGCGACGCUCCACGAGGCGGCUGGCCGAAAGCGCUCCGCGUGCGAUAUGCUGCGCACGCUGCACAUUGAAACCAUCACGAACAUGCCUCGCCUCGAGAAGCUUGAGGCGUUGAACCAGCAAAUUCGCCUGUGCUUAGAGUUGGAGGACUACGACCACAUCCCGUUGGUGUCCCGCAAGAUCAAUCAUCGUGGCUUGAGCCGCGAGGAGGCGUACGGGCAGAAGCUCAAGUACUUUGAGCUGAUGCGGUCGUACUACGCCCACAAGGCAUCUUACUUUAAUGUUGGCCGCUGCUGGUACGAGAUGUACAACACGGUCAAGAGCACGGACGACAAGCUCUCUGCAUUGAGCAACAUGGUGGUGCACUACCUUAUCUCCGAAAACGCAACCGCGAAGGAGAUCGAAGACUUGGCAGAAUGCACUGCGUUCGCGCCAUCCACUAAGAUGCGUGACCGCGUGGACGCCUUGUCCACCAUUAGCGAAAAACUCAAGAGUGACUUGGAGGAUGUACCGCAGCUGUUUGGACUUCUGCAGCGCUUCAAUAGUAUUGAGCUGAUCCAGGAGAGGGUCUCCUCGGAAGUGGAGGCGUUGUGCCAGACGCACCCGGAGCUGGCUCCCUUCCCGGAGCGCCAGGAGCUGCUCAGUAAUCGUUGCAGCGAGCACGAUAUUUUGGUGAUAGCCCGCUUCUACUCUCGCAUUCCACUGCGCCGCUUAGCGGAGCUGGUGCACCUCUCCCCGGAGCACACCGAGCUUUUCAUCAUGACGAUGGUCACAAACAAGACUCUCUACGCCAAGAUGGACCGCGUGGACGGCCUCGUCGUCUUUGAGGCGCGUAAGAACACGACGGAGGUGGUGGCGCUGUGGAACGAGUCGGUGGAGAAGAGUGUGGCGCUGCUGGACAAGGCCUCGCAUCUCAUCACCAAAGAACGCAUGCUGUACAACCUCGCCUCGCAGAAAGCCCAUUGA